AUGGACUCGCUCGCAUAUACGGGUUCUUGCACAGCGGGAAACAUCCGCGUUCGGAGAGAAUGGGGCAAUCUUUCCGCCAAGGAACGACGUGAAUACAUCUCCGCCGUGCAGUGCCUCGCACGUCUGCCGUCCAAGACAAGCCGUUCCUUGGCUCCGGGAGCUCGCAGUCGCUAUGAUGAUUUCAUCGUCGGACACUCACUGUACACUACGGUGAUCCACAACAGCGGAUAUCUGCUGCCGUGGCACCGGGAGAUGGUCUUUCAACUCGAACAAGCCCUGAGGAACGAGUGCGGAUACACGGGCUACCAGCCUUACUGGGAUUGGUCCAAAUGGGCAGAUACGCCUGACUCAUCCAACCCGAUCUUCGACGGAUCCGACACAUCGCUCUCCGGCAAUGGCAAGUAUGUUCCUCACGAGGGCCUCAACUAUACGACCCCGGCCGGAGACCCUCCCGCCCAGAUUCUCCGCGCUGCAGGAACCGGAGGUGGUUGCAUCGCGAGUGGGCCAUUCGUGAACUGGACGGUGAAUCUCGGACCGAUCUCCCAAGGACUCAAAGGCCAAGCAGGUCCGCCCAACCCACAAGCAGACGGCUUCGGAUACAACCCGCGAUGCGUCAUCCGCGACUUCUUGCCCCAGACGAUCCAGGCUUUGAACUCGUACCAAAACGUCACUGAGCUCAUCUUGAACAGCAGCACCAUCCACGAGUUCCACCCUGCCGUGGAGAGCGGCAUUCACGCUGGCGGUCAUGGCUUCAUAGGCGGUCUCAACUCAGAUCUCUUCGUCUCGGCCGGCGACCCAUUGUUCUACAUGCACCACACCAUGCUCGACCGGGUCUGGUCGAUCUGGCAGAGUCUGGACUUUGACACCCGGGUCUACAAGGACGCCUUGGACGGCACACGGACGAUGCUGAACGACCCGCCGAGCGGAAACGUGACGCUGGACGAUAGCAUCAACAUCGCGCCCUUCCUCAAGAACGUCACGGUUCGGGACACGAUGAGUCCCACGAAUGGUCGCUACUGCUACAUUUACGACUAG